AUCCACCCCUGAUUUUGCAAAGAAGGCACCUCCUUCAUCAUAAGUCCUAGGACCUUCCAAGUUCAAGAAUUAACUAUCUGCUUCUCCUUGACAACCUGGUACAAUGGACCUAGGAGGACCAGUGUGAGUAAACCAGAGUCUCCUCUACAACAUGACCCACAGGGACAAUGCUGGUACUGUCUGCAGCCUGAAGAUUGUGACCCUCCUGGUGGCCCUCAGUCCAGAACUCCUAUUCGUGGGAGCCGAAGUGCAGCUUCGAGACAAUGGGUAUGAUGGAUUACUUGUUGCAAUCAAUCCCCAGGUAGCUGAGGAUCAGAACCUCAUCCCAAAUAUUAAGGAAAUGAUAACUGAAGCUUCAUUUUACCUGUUCAGUGCUACUAAGAGAAGAGUGUUUUUCAGAAAUAUAACGAUUUUAAUACCUGCCACAUGGAAAGCUAAUAAUUACAGCAAAGUAAAACAAGAAUCAUAUGAAAAGGCGAAUGUUAUAGUGACUGACUGGUAUGGGACCCGUGGAGGGGAUCCAUAUACCCUGCAAUAUAGAGGGUGUGGAAAAGAGGGAAAGUACAUUUACUUCACACCUGACUUUCUACUGAAUGAUGACUUAACAGCUGGCUAUGGAUCACGAGGCAGAGUGUUUGUCCACGAAUGGGCGCAUCUCCGUUGGGGUGUGUUUGAUGAAUAUAACAAUGAGAAACCUUUCUACAUCAACGGGCAAAAUCAAAUUAAAGUAACAAGGUGUUCUUCUGACAUCACAGGCAUGUUUGUGUGUGAAAAAGGCCCUUGUCCCCAAGAAAACUGUAUUAUUAGUAAGCUCUUCCAAGAAGGAUGCAUGUUUAUAUACAAUAGAACUCAAAACUCAGCAACAUCAAUAAUGUUCAUGCAAAGUUUAUCUUCUGUGGUUGAAUUCUGCAAUGCAAGCACCCACAACCAAGAAGCUCCAAACCUACAGAACCAAAUGUGCAGCCUCAGAAGUACGUGGGAUGUAGUUGCAGACUCCAGUGACUUUACUCACAGCUUUCCCAUGAAUGGGACUGAGCUUCCGCCUCCCCCCACGUUCUUCCUUGUACAGGCUGGGGAUAAAGUGGUCUGUUUAGUGCUGGAUGUGUCCAGCAAGAUGGCAGAGGCUGACAGACUCCUUCGCCUGCAACAAGCAGCAGAAUUUUACUUGAUGCAGAUUGUUGAAAUUCAUACCUUUGUGGGCAUUGUCAGUUUCAACAGCAAAGGAGAGAUCAGAGCCCAGCUACACCAGAUUAACAAUGAUGAUGACCGAAAGCUGCUGGUUUCAUAUCUGCCUGCCACUGUCUCAGCUGAAGCAGAAACCAGCUUCUGCUCAGGGCUUAAGAGGGGAUUUGAGGUGGCUGAGAAACUGAAUGGAAAAGCCUAUGGCUCUGUGAUGAUAUUAGCAACUAGUGGAAAGGAUGAGAAUAUCAGCAAUUGCUUACUCACUGUGCUCAGCAGUGGUUCAACCAUCCACACCAUUGCCCUGGGUUCAUCUGCUGACAAAAACCUGGAGGAAUUAGCACGUCUUACAGGAGGUUUGAAGUUCUUUGUUCCAGAUAUAUCAAACUCCAAUAGCAUGAUUGAUGCUUUCGGUAGAAUUUCCUCUGGAACUGGAGACAUUUUGCAACAACGUAUUCAGCUUCAAAGUAUGGGUGAGAAUGUUAAACCUCACCAUCAGCUGAAAAACACUGUGACUGUGGAUAACAGCGUGGGCAAUGAUACUACCUUUCUAGUCACAUGGCAGACCAGGGGGCCCCCUGAGAUUGUACUGUUUGAUCCUAAUGGAAGAAAGUACUACGCACACAAUUUUAUCAUCAACCGAGCUUUGAGGACUGCUCGCCUCCAUAUUCCAGGAACUGCGAAGCCUGGGCUCUGGACUUACACACUGAACAAUACCCACCAUUCUCUUCAAGCCUUGAAAGUGACAGUGACUUCUGGUGCAUCCCGCCCAGCCCAGCCUCCUGCUACUGUGGAAGCCUUUGUAGAAAAAGAAAACACCCAUUUUCCCCAUCCCAUGAUGAUUUAUGCAAAUGUGAGAAAAGGGUUUUUUCCCAUUCUCAAUGCUUUGGUAACUGCUACUAUUGAGCCAGAGACUGAAGAUCCUGUUACACUGAAACUUUUUGAUGAUGGAGCAGGUGCUGAUGUUAUAAAAAAUGAUGGAAUUUACUCGAGGUAUUUUUUCUCCUUUGCUGUAAAUGGUAGAUAUAGCUUGAAAGUGCAUGUCAAUCACUCUCCCAGCAUAAGCGCCCUAGGCUACUCUAUUCCAGGGAGUCAUGCUAUGUACGUACCGGGUUAUAUAGCAAAUGGUAACAUUCAGAUGAAUGCCCCAAGACGACUCAGGGGCAGGAGUGAGGAGGAGCAAAAGUGGGGCUUUAGCCGAAUAAGUUCGGGGGGCUCCUUUUCCGUGCUGGGAGUGCCAGCUGGCCCCCAUCCUGAUGUGUUCCCACCGUGCAAAAUCAUUGACCUGGAGGCUGUAACAAUGGAAGAGGAGGUGACUUUAUCUUGGACAGCACCUGGAGAAGACUUUGAUCAGGGCCAGGCUAACAGCUAUGAAAUAAGAAUGAGUAAAAGUCUACAAAGUAUUCAAGAUGAUUUUAACAAUGCCAUUUUAGUGAAUACAUCAAAGCUAAGUCCUCAACCAGCUGGCACCAAGGAGAUAUUUACAUUUUUACCAAAGGUUUUCAUCAAUGGACCUGAACAUCAACUUGAUGGAGAGACACAAGAAAGCCACAGAGUUUAUGUGGCAAUAAGAACCAUAGAUAAGAACUCCUUAGAAUCUGCAGUAUCUAACAUUGCCCAGACUUCACUGUUUGUUCCCCAAAAUUCUGCUCCAGUACUUGCCAGAGACCAUCUUAUAUUGAAAGGAGUUUUAACAGCAAUGGGUUUUAUAGGAAUCAUUUGCAUCACUAUAGUUGUAACACACUGUAUUUUAAACAAGAAAAAGAAAGCAGAUAGAAAUGAGAAUGGAACAAAAUUACUAUCAACAAAUGCAGAGCUUUCCCAGUUGCUUAGAGCAUCUGGACAAGCUCAAGCAGAAUACAACAGUCUUACUGAAUUGGCAGGCCAGAAGUAA